UUUUACCUUCUAUCAUGGCGGACUUUGAGCUCCAUGCUAUACUUCAACUCUGUUGAUUUGCGUUGGAGUAGUUGAUCCUGUUCUUAACUCUACCAUCCUUGAUAUAGACACCCCCCCUCCCCUACCCAACAUUCCACACAUGAGAAGCAACAGCUAGCAAGCGGCGACGUCUGUCAGCCACAAGGCAUGCAAAAGUUUACAAACCGCCGAUCCUUCGCCUUGAGCGGAACCAAAGACAGCGUUUGGUGGAACUAAGGACUCUAGGAGACGAGGAGUCAUGGCGCGGCAUUCGUAAAUGUUUAUUAUUUGCGUUAUUUUGGAGCUCCAAAUGUGUAAAAAAAAGUGAGCCCGUGCUCUACGUCGAACAAGAUGGCAGCAGUAGCAGCAGCGGCGGCAGCACGGAUGAAGGGUUUGACGGUGGCGUGGCUCCUCGCUGCUUGGCUGUUCUCCGACGCGCUGAGUAAUGUGGUUUACGGGUCUUACUGAAGGUAUGGCCUCACAAGUCUUGGUUCAGCCAUCACACAUGCACUCAGCUCAAACAAGUGCCUUAGGGACUAGCAGCAUAAGCAGACACACAGGGGAAGCCCACCUCAUCAGUAACACCAGCAGAGCCUUUCACAUCCAACCCCCACCCAAGACCUAUGUGAUUGGAGUCAACUACGGAAUCGCCUACCCAAACAACGUAAUCCCAUCAACAGUCGAUGCCGAUUUAGAAACACUGCACAGAGCGACAGCAAGUGAAGAAGUAGAGAAGAGGGCACUUCAUCCGACGGGAUUGCACUUGGACAGCUUGGAUAGACUAGAUCAGCCUUGUCUGUCUCAAAGCAGAGGGCCGCAAGGAGGAGGAGGCCAGGAUCGUGUGGCAGGAAGUACACAUGUCAGAACAGAAGGUGGCUAUGUAAACUUAGACUCAAAUGAGACGCGGAGAUGCACACAGAACAUUGAUGAAAUCAAAGAACUCCAGCGGGAUAAGAACUGUGUCGGAAUCAUGCAAAUAGUGGAUGAGGUCUGUGACAUACCUUCACUUCCUGUUCCUGUGGCGAUGUUGCAAACCAGCACAGAGAACGAUGACCGAGUAGAAGGCAAGGGGACCGUGCCUUCUCAGGAUAACAAGGUUGUCACAUGGACAGGCGUUAAGAAUGAAUCGAGUGGUACAAAAAUGAGGUCUAACGGCAGUACUGAAGCGGUGGUUGGAGCAACAAUAAACAGAUCCGAAACAGUCGACGGCGACUAUCAGUUAAUUCAGCACGAGGUGCUUUGCUCCAUGAAGAACAGCUACGAGGUGUUGGAGUUUCUGGGUCGUGGGACCUUUGGUCAGGUGGUAAAGUGCUGGAAAAGAGGGACAAAUGAAGUGGUGGCCAUCAAAAUUCUGAAGAACCACCCAUCGUACGCACGGCAGGGACAAAUUGAGGUGGAGAUCCUCGCUCGGUUGAGCAGCGAGAAUGCAGAUGAGCACAAUGUGGUGCGCGCUUUGGAGUGCUUUCAGCACCACAGUCACACUUGUUUGGUCUUUGAGAUGCUGGAGCAAAACCUCUACGACUUCCUCAAGCAGAACAAGUUCAGCCCGUUGCCACUCAAAAUCAUCAGGCCUAUUCUGCUGCAGGUUGCAACGGCGUUAAAGAAACUGAAGUCCCUCGGUUUGAUUCAUGCUGACCUGAAGCCUGAGAACAUCAUGUUGGUAGACCCGUCCAGGCAGCCGUACAGAGUCAAGGUUAUUGACUUUGGCUCAGCCAGCCAUGUCUCAAAGGCUGUCUGCUCCACUUACCUGCAGUCCAGAUAUUACAGAGCUCCAGAGAUUAUUUUGGGCUUGCCAUUUUGUGAGGCUAUUGAUAUGUGGUCACUGGGAUGUGUUAUAGCUGAGCUCUUCCUAGGCUGGCCACUAUAUCCCGGUGCUCUGGAAUAUGACCAGAUCCGAUACAUCUCCCAGACUCAGGGCCUCCCUGCAGAGCAUCUGCUAAACAAGGGCACCAAGACCUCUCGUUUCUUCUGCAAGGACUCGGACUCUCCUUAUGCCUCCUGGAGAAUAAAAACAACAGAAGAGCAUGAGAAAGAGACAGGACUUAAAUCCAAAGAAGCCAGAAAAUAUAUCUUCAGCUGUCUGGAUGACAUUGCACAUGUGAACUCCAUGCUGAGUCCUGACAACAGUGACAUGCAGGCAGAGAAAGCGGACAGGAGAGAAUUUGUCUCGCUGUUGAAGACCAUGCUGCUUAUUGAUGCAGAGGAAAGAACUGUUCCUUCCAACAUCCUCAGUCAUCCCUUCCUCACUAUGAUUCAUCUGUUGGACCACUUCCAUAGUAACCAUGUGCAGUCAUCUUUUCGGAUCAUGGACAUGUGUCAUGGCUGCCCCAACAACACGGUUUUUGAUGCCUUGAACCAGAACACCAUUCAUUUCCCAAGAUCCCCUGUUGGCCAAACUGCAUCCUCUGGCCUCCCUCUGGGCUACAGCAACAUACCAGUUCACACACAGCCUAUUCCCCAAUCAGCUCCUUCAGUGUUUCAUCCUGGGAUUGCUAUAACAGCGAGAAAUAGACAGUUUGGAUGCACCGACUCUUUCCCACCUAUUCUUCUGUGCCCUUCCAACAUACAAGGUAACCUUAACCAAUCAGUAGGGUACUCAGUUCCUCUAGUACCCCAGGCUCCUCCGAUACAGCCCCUCCCGGUGAGACCUAGCAUAAUAACACAGCCGGCCUGGUCUAACAGGGGUCAGCAGCUCUUGGUCCAAGCUGCCUGGCCGCAGAUGACUGCAGUGGGUGUGACUCCCUCUCACCCUGUCCCACCACCCCAGUCUUCCCUUACCACUGAUGCCACAGCCGGGCCCCCAAGGAUCAGUGACUGGGGGAAAGUGCGUCCCCACACGAGACAUUACAGUGCAUUGAUUCAGCAGCCUGUUCUGACCAGUCAGAUGCCAGCUGUCUCUGGGCAUCAGCCACUCAACAUUGGCAUUGCACAUGUUGUGUGGCCUCAGCCAACCAAUAAAAGAAACAGGCAGCAUCACAACAGGAACCUAUCCCACCCAAUUAACAUCCACGCAUCACAGUGUCGAUCACCCAAAAUGGCUAAUGUUGGUCUGGCAGCGUUAGGAAGGAGGCAACCGCAGAGAGAGGUUCCUCAAGUGGAAACACGGCAACAAAAAAAUCAAAACUCAGAUGAGGAGGAAAAUUAUUCUGAAGAGGAAGUGAACUGCCUCAAAGAGGACGUACCAAACAAGGAGCUACAGCGAGAUGUGGCACUUCUCAUGGAUGACACACCAAGUCCGACACCCAGCGUCAUCAGCAUCCACAGUGAACCAACGUAUGAUGAAGAAGUGGAGGAAGACAAACCACAAAUGUGCUGUCUGAGGAAGUGUGGAGAGCAGUGUGUAUGUGAGGUAUGCAGAAACACCAGUGUGACUAUGGAAAGAGUGUGUUCCCUCAGCAGUCCUGACAGCAGCCUCAGCACCAGUUCCUUUGCGUCCAACUCCGUUCACUCCAGCCCAUCGGCCUCACCUUGCAAAAGACACAACAGUAUGUCUGAAGACGAUGGUCACGAGAGUGGCUGUGAAACGGUGGAGGGCUCCCCGACAUCCAACACAUCGACAUCCCCCCACGCCAACAGUCCCUAUUGUUUACUCGACAGCGGUAACCACAAUAGCCGCCCAACCUUGGCUGCUGUUGUAGCACCAAUGCCCUCACCUGCAAUGCAGGGUAGGAGUCCUCGGGAUGCCAGGACCAUGGUAGUUCCACCAAUGAGAGUGCACAACAGCAACACUCAAGGGACAGAGGAGCGUUUCCAGAGAACAGUUUCAGAGUCCUGGUCCCGAUCCAAAGGGCGCUGCACCAUUGCAGGACAACAGAGCACUCCUUCCUCCAUCCCCCUCCUCCAAUCCACACCUCUUAUGUCAUGGCAACAAAAAGUGACUGGGCAGCACCAGCAGCAGCACACCUUAGGCCUUGGACAGGUGCAGCCGUACGUUUCAAACCGCAACAACAAAGAGUGGAACGGCAACCAUGGGCCACUACGGCCGCACGCCUACAUCCCCCCUACUGUCCACACACACAACUUGCCACACCUGCCCCACAGCAGCCCUACACGCACAUUAGGUGCUCCCCACGCACACACUCAGGGCCUGCCCCCUCGCACCUUGUUGUCUUACCCCACCAGCGGCCCCCUUACCACGGCCCCCCACCCCAUGUUGACCUCUCAUCCUCCUCUGCUGCAGCACAGCUACAGCCUCUCCCACACCCAGGGCGCCGCCAUAGUUCACCAGGUGACCAUGGGCAUCGGCAGCCACACGCAACACCCCGGAUACCCUGCUCCCCACCCACACAGGCUCCUCCCUUCACCAACAGUCCACCCACAUCAACAACCCGGCUAUGCCCACCACACAUCUCAGUUCAAGCCUCCUUUCGCCCCUCCACUUCCCCCUCCGGUCCCAUACAUGGCGUCACCAGCCGCUUAUACGGGCUUCCCUCUGAGUCCCACCAAGCUCAGCCACCACCAUCAGUUCUCUUAUAUUUGAGGAGCAGAGUAAGUCCACAACAGUCCCCUUGGGUCAGGAAGGCCGUCGAUAAACAUAGCGGGGCUGCUACAUGGGCUGCUAGAACAUCCACCACAGCACAAAACAAACGCAUGAUGACGCAAAUAAGAGAAUACAUUUAAGAGGGUGAAAUGCCAGCUGAAUUCACAUCGUCUCUAAUAUGAAGGUUUAUAAGUCAGUUUAUCCGGAAAAAUCAUAUCUGCAAGCGAAAUAAAUAUUGCAGAGUUUUGUAGCGCUUGGGAAGUGGGAACACAUUCAAAACAGUAAUAAGGAAAUGUAAGGCAACGUCCUCUUGCAGGUUAACCUCUGUCAUGUAACGUGUGUGUGUGACUUUGGUCUUUGUUGCCUUGUAGCAUGUAUGUGCAAACCACUCAGCUCCGUUAAAGCCAUGCUGGUCUGUAUUAAGCAGGCCAAAGGCCUCCUAUCAUUGUGUUGCUGCUGCCGCCGCCAUCUGCCAGUGCCUUAACAGCAGAGUCCAAGAUGUCACUUGCAGCACUUAACAGUCGAGACGCCGAACUUGGUUCCUCUCACAAAAUGGUCUGUUUUGAAUAAAAUAAGGAUUGAUUGUUUUAUUACUGGCUAAUGUUCAACUUUAGUUUGCUUGCUUUAAGUAUGGCUGUGCUACAGGCUGCACAUUUUUAGGGCUUUGACUGAAUGAUUUUUUGUUUUAAUGUAUAUAAAGAGUGAUUUGAUAUUUUGGUAAUCAAUUUCUACUCACUAUAGUACUUAAUUCAGAACAGUAUUGUCACUGUUUACUGUAACUGCAAUACAAUCUAGCCUCUGGGUUGCUGUGUGUGUUUUUUUUUCCAAUUGGUUAGAUUUGCAGUUUUUAGAAGUUUGGGAGUGACUUUAGCCUAAAAAAAAAAAAUAUGUUUGAAAGAACCGAGUAACAUACAGUAACCUUAUUAGGUGUUAAAGGUUAUUGUUGUCCUGUAUUGAACAUUCCUUCAGGGUUGAAAUGCAUAGUCGUGUUAUUCUUUUCAUUUGUACUCGUUCAGCUGGUCUUUUUACGGCAAUCGGCACCAAAGACAUUGUUCAUCAAUCAUUUCUUGAUGCAUGUUGAUACUAUCCGUUCUUUCAUCUCCAGCGAACUGUUGCAGUUAGACAUUGGAAUAUAUUGUCGGAUCUGUUUUUAGAUUUUAGAAUCGAGGUUGAGGUUUUAUUUUAUUUUAUUUUUUUUGAGCUAUGUUGGCAAAUGUGUAUUUGGAAUGUAUUAUUGACAUUAAGCUGCUAUGUACUGAUUAUCUGCCACUUUGUAGCUGUGAAUUUAGACGAUUAAGCUCACGCAAACCUACAAUUCUCUGGUAUGUAUUGUAGUUGUGACAAUAAAAGUGGCUUAUUUUCGAUCAUUAGAGUAUAUUAAAUGCUAUCCUUACAUGCUAGCGCCUGUGUAUAUUGGCUACGUAGUUUUGAAGUCAUUUUAAACUGCUGUAAUGGAAGUUAAGCAUUUUUUUUUUUUUUUUAAAUAGGGUGUUCUGUGUGUGCCUCUAGCGUCAGUAUUUCAUUUUGAGAUGUAGGCUGAGAUCACUUUUAGAUCGUGUAAUCAGUGUGUUGUUCACUUUUGUUAUUAUUUGUAAUGUGACAUGGCUUUUUUUUUUUCCAUAUCGGGCUGUAUUUGCAACGCUUGUACUGUACAACGAGUGCCUUACUCCAAACUGGCUGAUGGAGGAUGUUCUGGCAUUGAUGGUUGCGAAUGUUUGUAUUAGAUCCUUCAGAGGAUCAAAACCCCCCUAACAUGUUAAUAUAUAGAAAUGGAAAGAAAGUACAAGUCAGGGAAUGUUAAUUAAAGAGCAUUGUGCAGCCAUCCAAAACAUCGGACCUGAAUUCAGACAAAUGCGAAGCUUUACCGUCACACCUUGAAUGUAUUUUGUGUGGAUAGAGAACAAUGGCUGAGCAAAGACUUCUCUCCGUUUGUGAUUGGAUUGGAUUGUUGUGUGCAGUUUUUACCACACUUAGGUAUCAUGUUUUAAGUCAGGGGUUCCUCUAAAAAAAAAAAAAAAAGCUUUAUCCUUUAAAGUUGCCCAAUCCUCAUCUAUUUAUUGUAAUGUUGCUUAUGUAAAAGAUAUAUUUUAUCUAAUUUGCUAUCUUGUUAAUCACCCUAAACGUUGAGGCUGCAAGAUUUUUUUUUUUUUAAUUGUGUGUUUGUGUUGUGGCACAGUAAAAAAUAUUCCCUUCCUCCAUUGCCGGCCCAUUUGAAGUAAAGUUUAACGUUAUUGUUUGUCAACUCAACACCUGUGAUGAGAUGAAAACAUGUUCUAUUUCAGUGAUGUCCCGUAAUCCCUCACCACUUUGCUUGGAUUACCCGUACUUGGAAUAGAUAAUCCAAUACGGCCUCACCAAAGUCACCAAAAGAGUCAGGCGGUCUCAUGGGCACGUGGAGCCCAGCAGGACUAUUUUCAACUCGGAUCGCCCUAAAAUUAAAAUGCAGUUGUGCCAUGUAGUUUGUUAAUUUUCGCACUCAUGAUACAUGGGUGUGAAAAUGUAUUUUGGGGGUACCGAGCUCCAACUACGCAGUUUAAAAAAAUCUUGAGAUUCACUCAAACAGUUCUCAAAUUAUUUGGUGGUUUGUUUUUAUUUUACUCGAUUAUGUAGGCACGGUUGGAAAAUUGAAAACCAUUGCUGUUCCAAAUGAGUGUGUAUAUUUGUGUGGGUUUUAUGAUUUGUGUGUUCCUAAAUGCUACGCUAGUUUGACAUGUAGCAACUGCACUGUGCAAUAUACAACAUUAUGAGGACUGGGGAAGAAAUGAUUGGGAUUUCUUCUCCCCCACCCCCCCUUAACUCGUGUGACCAGGCCCUUCUUAUGUACCAAGUCACAAAAAGCGGGUUCCUUCUUGGUGACUUCAUGGUGAACGUCAAAUUAUGAAUUGAUGGUGUACAAUGUCAAGAUUCACUUUGAAAUAAAAAUAUCUUUUGCUUCAA